AUGGUGUUUUCAAUCGAUGGGACUUUUCAGAUUGUUAACGAUGAUAAGAAGUUCGCGGUCUCUUUGGAUGUGUCACAGUUCAAGCCAGAGGAGUUAAAGGUCAAUUUGGAUGGCAGGAUGCUGACUGUUGAAGGCAAGCAGGAGAACAAGAACGGACAACAGCUUCUGCAGAAUGACACGAAUUGUUACAAGCGUAUACAGGUUACGACACGUUUCCAGGCGUUUUACCCGUUCCUUUGGAGCCUUCCUGAGGACGUGAAUUUGGAAGGUCUGAAGACUGAACUCAGCGACAAAGGCAAGCUUACCAUCGAAGCUCCGAAGUUCCCGAAUACUUCAAAGAAAGACAUUCCCAUACAGCAUGGCUCUUCCUUCUCCCAAAGUCAAAGCACCCACAGUUACAGUCGCAGUAGUCAUUAG